CUCAGAGUAACUAGCAGUAUACUUUAGACUCCUAUGCUAAAUUAAGCUUAUGCAAAGUAUAUAUUGCUGAAGUCCUCAAGAUACAUCUCAUAGGUACCACCAAGAAGCAGAGAAGUUGAUUUUAUAUCCUGUAAUCAUCAAUCAAGAAAGAUCAUGGCUGAGAGAACUUGGAUGUCUGGAAUAAGUGAAAGAGCAUUUUUCAGUGAAGAAGCUGUAUUAACAAUGAGAAGAAAGAUGAGAGCCGUUUCAUUGCUUGCAGGCCUCCCAAUUGUGUGCCUACUCGACAACUUCCAGAAUUCAAAUUCACUUGAAGGGUUUCAACUUGCAAACAACAGUGGUAGCAGUUCUAGCACUACUGAUUCAUCCACUGAUAAUGAUGAUAAUUUAAGAACAAUGACAGCGACAUCCGGCAAAGGGCAGCAUAUGAAAACAGAAGAAGACCAGGAUCAGAAUCAUGAAGGCGUGCAGUGUGUGAUUUGUCUGUACAACAUCUGCAAGGGUGAAAAAUACAGGGUUCUUGAAGAAUGCAGCCAUGGAUUCCAUGUUGACUGCAUUGAUGCUUGGCUGUUGCAGAACUCCACUUGCCCGCUCUGUCGCUGUUUGGUUGCUUAUACUCCUGCAGGAGAAAAGCAGCAGCAGCAGUUGAGCGGUAGAAAUAGAAAUGAUGUUCAAGAAGCUUAUUAUGAGGCUGCAAUUGCUUCUAUCCUGUGUUUCCUGGAUCACUUGUGGACAUGGUUCCUCAACCCUCUUGGACUCGACCAAUCUUGUCAGGAUUACCAUGCUUAUCUUUGAACUAGCGGUCUCCUUUUCAGGACUUAAAUAUAUUAUUUUCAUUCUUUCUUGUAGUAAGAUUACUUGUGUAUUGUAUCAUGUACUGAUUAAGCUGUGACAUGUUUGAUGUAAAUUUAGAUAACAGAUACCAUUUGAGCUUUGUAGUGGAGAAUUUGCACU